CCGCCAGCCAUUCCAGAGUGAACUUGCACCGUGGUUAGACGCCUCGAAGUCGCGAUCGCGUAUCGGGAUAUUGCUGUUGCGUUUGAAGUGUUACGGAGUACGAACAGAGAAGAGAAGGGAAGGGAAGAAGCGAGCGGUAGAAACCAAUGUAAUAUUGAUCAGUUUUCGAGAUUGGAACCGGAUUCUAAGGGUGGUGAUAGGAAUUUGAAUGCCAGAGGAUUCCGGCAAGUGAGGAAACUGUCGACGUGUCGAUUCGGGCCAAGAAUAUCUCCCCAAUGGGACGUCGAUUGUGAGGCGAUCGCUUCGUAGUUGUGAACAAGAAAUUGAGUGCCAAAUCUGACCAGUUCCGUUUGUGCUGCAGUGAAAACACUCAAGUGCUUGAUCCGGAGCUGUAUUCACUGUUUGACGUGUGAUCGAGUGUCGUCUUGAAGAAAGGAAAGAUAACAGAGAUAACCGUGUGAAGUGGGUGAUUGUCUUGAAUGUGAGAUCUGAAUCAAUCAUUUGUGAAGCAAAAGGCGAAAAAAGUCAUAAAAGUGUGAGAAAAGAGAUUCCAAGACCGAGGAAAAAGUCAUUCAGCCAUAUUUAAGUUGCUUAACUUUUCGCCUGAAUUGUGUCUUUCUCUAGCUUUGAGCUCAAGUCAGUUUCCAGUGUUGGUUUCCCAGUGGCACGAUCGAAGGUGCGAAAGAGCGCGAAAGAUACCGUGAUCGGAAUGUGGUGCCUUUGAGGUUUGCCAUGACCAAGUGAGUGUGUUUACGUCCACGGAACGGAUACGCGAUAGUGUUGGUGUGCUGCCUUAAAGUGCAUGGAUUACGACGAGUGUGUGACCUGAACCCUUCGCCGGAGUCGUGAUGAUGUGAUUUCUUUCUCUUCGUUUUCCCGAACGUUCUUGGAGUAGAAUCUUCUCUUCUGAAUAUAUUUCCUUUGCUGUAACCUGGACAAACACGUUCUGUCCCAAAAAAAAAGUAGAACGAGUUUUUUAUUAGGCUGCCCCGUAGAAGAAGAGUGUAGUGCGUCUGCUCGAAGAAGAACCUUGGCCGCUCAUAUGAAAGAACGAAAAAUGGGCGAUUCGACGCCAAUCUGUCGCUGUCGGGUACUUUAUCUCGGAAGUGCCGUACCUCGGCAGAGCAAAGAUGGGCUCCAGGGAAUUCAGGAGCCUCUCCGAAGUCUAUACCCCUCGGAAGGGGCUAUCGGUGCCAAAGGAAUCGACUCUUGGCUCAGCGUAUGGUCCAACGGGAUCUUGCUAGAGAAUGUAGACGAGAAUCGAAAGCAGGUCACUCGGUUCUUCCCAAUCGAUUCCCUGCAUUAUUGUGCAGCGGUUCGACAGGUUCUGAUCCCAGAGCGGGGCAAUAACAAUCCGGAACCUAAAUUUCUCCCCUUGGAUUCGCCUUUCGCACGUACUCCCCGUGCUCAACAUCCACCGAUCUUUGCAGCGAUCCUUCGUCGAACUACCGGGAUCAAGGUGCUCGAGUGUCACACCUUCAUCUGCAAGCGGGAAGCAGCGGCCAAUGCGUUGGUGCGCUGUUGCUUCCAUGCCUAUGCGGACAAUUCCUACGCACGGCAGCUGGAAGGAUCCGGUAGUGGCAGCUCCAACAGUGUCUACGGAACGAUCGGCGGUAAAUCCAACGGAACGGCCGAAGGCGCAUGGCGAUCACGUGCCGGUAGUACGACCACGUUGAACAGCGUUGGCGUCAACAGUCGACAGGCAAUUAACGGCGUUGGCGAAGCGUACACAGUGAAAAAUCUGUACGCAAGCAGUGCCGACCUGGAAGUGGUGGAUGACGGCGACGGUAGCUCGCUGUACAACGGCGACGAGAAUCACAAAAUCUGGAGUGGUUCAACCGACCAGCUCGACGGCAUCGGCGUGGGCGACAGUGGCCAUUAUGACAUUUACUCCGGCACCGGAUCGACGCUGGGUCGGCCGGCUCGGGCUCGGCAGAUUAGUGCCCCGGUGCCGGUGCCACCGCCCCCAAAGGAAGAGCUGAAAAAGCUGAAGAAAGAAGCGAAGAAGCAAUCCAAACAUCAGCUACAGGUAGGAAGUCAAAGUCUAUCCGGUACGCUUAUAAGACCCCGUCCAAUGCACAUGAAUCCACUAGGUCGACCCGGGCCACCACCCCCUGGUGGCCCCGGAGGUCAUCCUGGCAUGAUGAUGUACACGAUGGGACCACCGCCCCCUCCCCCUCUAGGUGGACGCCAGUUCCACACCAUCGGCCAUCGGAGCCACAACGGAACUGGCAUGCCACCGAUGAUGCACCAUCCGCACCACCAGAUCCCGAUGCACCCGGGAAUGCCCCCGAUGCAGAUGAUGGUACCCCCGCAGUACGCCACCCUACAACAUCCACGCAGCAGUAAAAAGAAGAAAGACAAGAACAAAAUGAACGGAGGUAUUCCGAUUGGAGUCCCGGUGGUUCCUCCCAUGUUUGCUUAUCCACCACCUCCCGGUCCCGCCUCGCUCAUGGAGCCCCGACCACUCUCGAUGAGCAACCGAAAGCUGGCCCAGUCGGCGGCCGCCGGUCUGGACGAAUCCGGCAACUCCGGAGCCGAAUCUCCCGGUGGCACUGGGAUCUACCGCCGCAAGGGCCACCUCAACGAACGUGCCUUCAGCUACUCGAUCCGGCAGGAGCACCGCAGCCGAAGUCACGGCUCGCUCGCUAGUCUACAGUUCAACCCGCCCGACAUGAAGAAGGAACGGGAGAUCGCCCAGAUGGUGGCCGGGCUGGAACUGACCGACGACUCCACGCUGCAGCGGAGGCGAUCCGAGGUGAUGGCCGGAUCGUCCGGAACGUUCGGAAAGCCCCGGAGAUGAAUGGGGAGGACCCGGUCGAUCCGAGUCGGUGGUGUACAGUUUUAAAUCGAUGUGUGAGUGAAUGUGGGGACCUUUUGUGGGUAAGUGCGGGAAGAAAAGUCUACGAGGGAUUCCGGGGGUGAGAGAGUUUUGUGAGUGUCGGGUGAGAGGAUAUUAGGGGAGGGUUUUGGUGAAGUGGUUUUUGUCGAGUUGUGGUUGGAUUAGUAAGUGGAAUUAAUGACAACUGUACUACAGUACGAUAUGCAGCAUAUUCCAUGCAGUUCUUCAAAAAACAUGUCAUAAGAUGGUUUCAGGAUAGUUUUUAGAGAAUUCCUACUUUCGAUGCUUCAAGAAUUCUAUCAGGUAUUUUGUAAUGAUUUCUGUAAUCAACUCUUUAUAAAAGUUUACCAUGGAAUUACUACAUUGAUUUUGUCAGAAUCACUGCAGAAAUUACAUGUCUAAUUCAAGAAAUCCUCUAUUUUUUUGUUAAAAAAUCGUCUAUAAGUUUCGUUCGAUUAACACCUACAGCUUUUAUAUUUUUUGGGUCAAAGUUUCCGUCAAAUGCAUGACAAUGAAUUCUCAUAAACAUGUAUCGUAGUCCUAUGUCAAUUAUUAUCCCCUACUUUUCACUUAUUUUGCUACGAUAUAAAUUCACAUUUUCCACUAGUUUAGUCGUGAUCGAUUCCACUGCCAAAGCCAAUCACACCCCGCGCAACCCUUCGAUGCAUUAUAUUUUUUGUUACAUUUUAAAAGAACGAGGAACAUCGAUCAAAGUGUGCUAUAAUUGUCAUUAUUGUUAGAAACGAAUUAUAAAAAAAAAUAGUUGUCUAAGACCAUAUGUUAGAACAGUGAAUGGAUCACCAAGAAAUACAUCUUAAUAACCUUACACGUGUAACAAAUUCUAACUCCUCAGAAGAUAUUAUAUUGGUGGAGUCAUAUUUGCGUUAGAUAGGUAGAUCGGAUUGUUCGAUAAAUUAAACAUGAGAAGUGGGAAAGAAAAAAAACCACUAAUACACGUCCAAUUAGCAGACAAGUAAAACCACACACGCGUGACGUGCCUCGAUUCCGGCAUUGAAUCGCAUGAACUUGAAAUUUUCCAUUUUUUAACAUUUUUACUUAAAUCAAGUGGGUAGGAAAGCGAUGCCCACGCAUCCGCAAAACAGUUGUAGGACAAAUCCAACCGAAGAAAGUAGGAUAGAAAGAAGAUAAACUCAGAAAAAAAAACAUUCGAACCGAGGAGUACGAAGAAAACAUAAUGUGCCUUAUUAAGUAAUUAGAUAAUUUAAUUAUUUACGACGAUGAAGAGAUGCGGAAAGAUGAGUAGCGCAUAGGAAAAAAGAAGAUGGCGUGCGAUGGGCAUCUUGGCGGCAUUAGGCCAGGAAGUGCCGAUCACCUUCCGAAACUGGCAAUAAGUAAGAUUUUAAACACGAUACGAUAGUUGGAUUCAUGUUAUGAGUGCGAGCGAACGAACCGAUCAGAAGGAGAGUUGGUGCGAAAUACAAACCAAUCUGAGCAAAAAAUAAAAAGUUUACAUAACUCAUAAACAACUGGCUGACUGGUCGUUCGAAAUGAUGCCCGAUUUUGAGUGUGCGUGUGCAUGAAAAAAGAUAACGAGAUUUGUUAGAUGGAAUGAUCCGCCUUUAUGCGAAAUGAAAUUAUUAGUUAUUUUAUAUGUUGUACAUUUACACGCUAUAAGAAUCCGCACAAAAAUUGGACGCGGAAACCAGCUGUCAGUCAGGAAUUGAUGAAAUAAUUGCGAUAAAGCAAAAUCACUUAACGAACGUUGAAAAUGCGAUUAAACGCUACGCUUUUGGUGUUUUCCUAAGCGACAGCUUCAAACGAUUUUACCAAUCACAAAUUAACAGUCAACUGUUCGAUACACUAACUUUGCAUAAUUUUUCACAAGGAUUCACAGUUAACGAAAUCCAUCACACCAUGAGCAAACGCAACAAACUACCAACGAAACCAACAAUACUUCCAAUACAUCACACAAACCAACAGUUUUAAGCAACUUACGCCUGUAUCAAAAGAGCUUCCCCCGUCCUGUACUAAUUAUUUUAAAAUAAAUUGUAAUUUUAUUAU